AUGGAAACGACGAAGAGAACGACGGAGUCUUCCCCGUCGGAGCGGAUCGAACCGUCGCCACCCUUCGCUCGACGUCCAGUUGCAGAGACCGUAAAGAUCCAACCGGUGCAGAUCAUGUCGGGUCUCGAGAAGAAAGUCAUUCUCAUCACUGGUGCCAGUAGUGGGAUUGGAGCAGGGACGGCAGAGGAAUUUGCGAAGAAGGGCAGUUGGUUGUCUCUGUGUGGCCGGAAUGCUCAGUCCCUUGCUGAUGUAGCUAAGAAAUGCCAUGAAGCAGGUGUUCCUCAAGACAAGAUUCUGCAGGUGGUGGGAGACCUCUCCCAGGAAGCAGACACAAUUGCUGCAGUGGAGAAGACCGUUGCUCAUUUUGGUCGCCUUGAUGUGCUGGUGAACAGUGCUGGCAUCCUCACGACUGGUGGUUUAGAAGACCUCUCCCUUGAGGACUAUGAUCAGCAGAUGAACAUCAACACAAGGGCAGUGUUACACAUCAUGAAGUUGAGCCUUCCCCAUCUUCUCAAGACCAAAGGCAACAUUGUUAAUGUCUCCAGCAUCACAGGAAUACGAGCUUUUCCAGGAGUGGUGGCUUACAACAUGAGCAAGGCUGCUUUGGACCAUCUGACUCGCUCCGUCGCUCUAGAGGUGGCUUCACGGGGAGUCCGCGUGAAUGCAGUGAACCCGGGGGUGAUUGUGACUGAUAUCCACAGACGUGCUGGCAUGGAUGAUGAAAAAUAUAAGGCGUUCCUGGAACAUGGAAAAACCACCCAUGCCAUGGGCCGUGUGGGAGAGGUGAAGGAAGUGGCCAAACCCAUAGUAUUUCUUGCUUCUGAUGAUGCAUCGUUCAUCACCGGACAAAUGCUGGCCAUCGAUGGUGGUCGAGGAGUCAUGUGUCCUCGUUAAAAUGGCUUUUGCUACUACCUCUGCUACAGAUUUGAGAUAUUUCAAGUAAUGUAUCCAUUUGGUUCUAUCCAAUGAGUAUAUUAAGUUUUUUUUAUUUUCCUUUCAUCAAUAAAGUACCAUCAGG